UUCACCAAUAUGGCUAAAGCAUAUGCUGGUUCCCGGGCCGUGCAGAGGACAUGCACGCUUUACGUAGCUGAAACUACAUCUCCCGGCAUGCCUAGCUUUAUAACUACAACUUCCGGCAUGCCUUGCUGUCACAGUGCGCCUGGCAUCGUGAGGAGGAUACCUGGAUAGUCCUUCUAACCUUGAGAAAAUCUAUCAGGGCACGAGAUGGCGAACCACCUGAAGUUUAUCGCCCGGACGGUGAUGGUGCCGAAUGGAAACGUGGACGCCGCGUAUAAGACGCUGAACAGGAUCCUUACUACGGAAGGACUUGUCGAAGAAGUGAAGCGGAGACGUUAUUAUGAGAAGCCAUGUGACAAGAGGAGGAGGAUAAAGUAUGAGACAUGUCAGCGUAUCUAUAACUCAGAGAUGGCAAGAAAAAUUGCAUUCCUGAGCCGGAAAUCACGCAUGGACCCCUGGCCUGGUUGUUAGAGGAGCGAACCAUUUAUAAGGGACUCUGUGAUAAAGUAAGAGGCAGUGCCAUGUCUGGUUGCUGGUGUCCAGACUCUUGAUCACAUUAGUUGCCACCACAUGACCUGUGACCUCUAAGGUGAUUUUAUGGGAACCUUUCUGAAUGUUCCCAAAUCUGUACCAGUGUGAUAGAAUGUUGGUAAUAAACCUUUUUCUGUAAAACUCUG